AUGCAUGUAAAAUUAAAAUUAAGUUAUGUAUGCAAGAGAGAAGAUUGUGAAGUAAAAAUGGUACUAGUUGAGAGAUAUGGAAAGGAUAAUGAGAUUAAAAAUAUUUUUUAUUCAAAAAUGGAUUAUAGUUUUGAAUGUUUGAAGCAUCACGGAUGUGGCAAAGUAUAUGAGUUGAAAGAAGUUCAUCCCAGUAAAGACGAAAAUGGAGUUAAACUCAAACAAAACAAACUCUUCCAGGAAUGUGCAGUAAAACGAGAUAAUAAUAUUGAAACACUUGUGAAACAUGUUGAAUUAAGUCCAACUCAAAUACUUUUCUUUAGCAAAGGAGAACAUGUUUAUCAUGCAGGGCAAGCACAAAUUAAACAAAAUUGUGAAAAAGACAAAGCUGCAAAAAUGAAAAUACCAGUUAAACAUAUUACCCUUGUUUUGCGAGGAGAAAAGAAGAAUAAAAUUGUUUGGAAGGAUUAUGAAGAGUUUAAUUCAAAUAAAAAAUCUGUUGUGAUGGUGAUUAAGCCCUUCUUGGGAAGUAAAAAUAAGCAUUGUUCUGCAAUGGCGGCUAAUCAUUAUUAUCAAAUAUUUUUGUGUCGAAAGGUAAUAAUAAGAGAGAAUGAGACGUUUUCCGGAAGCAGAAUUUGUUUUCCGGCCAAAAUUAAUUUUAAGAAUAUACAUACCGUAUUUACUCGAUUAAUUCCCCGCCCUCGAAUACCCUAUUACAUGUUCAAAUUUCAAAACUCAAAUAAUUCCCCUCCCUUGAAUAAUUCCCCAUGCCACGGAUGGGUUGAAAAAAUAGUUCCCCAGGGGAAUUAA